ACAUGAUCGACUCGUCCAAAAGCACCCUGGGAUUGUCAUUCCUGGUCACUGGUUAAUCACCAUGAGCGUACAACGGAUUGGUCUUGGCACCAUGCGAGGCGCUGGGCGACCGGGGGUUGUCUUCAACCAGAACGUUUCAAGAUUGGCCUUCAUCCGUCUGUUGUCCCAGCAAACCAGAAAUAAUCCAACGAUUGUUCAUAUGAACCAAAAAGAAGGCCAUGACAUUCUCGUCAAACAACGUCUCAACCGCCCUGUCACCCCAAACCUCACGAUCUACAAGGUCGGACAAGUCUGGUUUAGUGCAUCAGCAUGGACUCGGAUAACAGGCCUUGCUGUAGGUGGUACAGCUUACCUGACUCUAUGCGCCCAUGCUGUAGCUCCUUAUCUUGGAAUGGGGUUUGACUCUGCUGCUUUGGUAUCGGCUUUUGGCGCAUUACCUUUCGCUGCCAAGGCCGCAAUCAAGUUUGGAUUGCUGGGGUUUCCGUUUACGUACCAUUUUAUCAAUGGUAUUCGACACUUGGUGUUUGAUCUGGGAUUUGGAUACAAAAAAGCUCAGUUUAAGAAGUCAGAGGCAGCUACGUGGAUACUGAGUAUUCUUGGUGGUCUUGUCUUGGCCUUCUGGAUCUAGAUGUUUAGCUAUUUCUCGAUCGCAGAUCAACUAGGCGUCAAUUUACUAUUGCUAUAUGGCAUUAUAACUAUUCCUAUUCGCAUCAUCCAUUCAUCUGGUGGUAUAAGUGGCGUGAAGCUUGAUCAACAAGAACGUUUUCUUUUUAUAGUGAAGCUAUAAACAGUUAUGCAAAAUCUUAUAUAAACAAUGAACUUAGUUCCAGACCAAGCAGGCACUUCUCCAACAAAUCGCAAAUCGCAUGCCCAGACUCAUCAUAACAUCUCCUAACUUCCAGCGUCGUCGGCAAAACCGGGUAGACCGGUUACAUGGUAUUCUAGCAGUAUCCACACCCGUAGAUCCGGUCAUAUCCCGGAUUUACUUCACCGUAGGAUUGUCUUACUCGUCAAUCUUGGCCGGAGGUGUACCUCCAGGAGCAGCGCCAGAAGGAGGAGAUCCGCCCAUACCG